AUGACACCUACCACCGACUGGAGAUCUACCAGUGCAUCGGAAGAAGGCGAGUAUACCUUUAUGCUCUUCCAGUCUGAUACUCAAGCAACUAGUACUGCUUCGUAUCAACACACUCAGCAUUCAGAUCCUCUUAACCAAGCUCUUAGCGACGAGGAAAUGCUCGACGAAAUCUUCCAGGAGAUCAUGUCUCCCCAGGACUCACAAUCCAGCACUUGUGACCUCGAGAUGACCAGCACUAACACGCUACUCAACCCGGCACACACACCCACCUCCAUACUUGCAGCCUCUGAGUCCUCUGCCCCUUCGACACCUCAACUUACCAGUACUUUGCGUCGAGGCAGCAUUCCAUCUGCAUCAAUCGGAUCCAUUUCGCCCAACAUGGCAGCAGCUCUCCGGGUAUCAACUUACCCCGCAAGCCAAACAGGAGCUUCUCGCAAUACAGUCUUCUUCCCAAUGGUAAAUGACCCCAAGGUCCGUGUCAAUACCAGCCUCAGUGGCUAUGCCUCAAUGAUCUUCACAUCGCCAACGGCAGCCGGUCGUCGUGGCUACCGGCGCACAAACCGACCUAUACGUCUACAGAAAAAAGAAGCCCGCCUCACGCAUCUGUCGGAUGCCAGGAUUGACCAAGGCGGAGGUCAUUGCAUUGCCCACGGUGGUGGCCGUCGUUGCUCCAUCGGUGGCUGCCAAAAGUCAGCUCAGUCCAAAGGACUUUGCAAACUACACGGUGGUGCUCGGUUAUGCCGCUUGCCAGAUUGCAACAAGAACGGCCAGAUCAAAGGACUUUGUCGUCUUCACUACAGCCUCACAAUGGCAGCCAAGAACUCGGUAUCAGUCAAGGGAGCAGGAACAAUGUCUGCUGUCUUGAAGUUUGAGCAAUAUCAAAACACUCAAAGCCCAUGCGACUUUGAGUUACGGGUCUAA